UCGUGGUAUAAGUGUGGAGGCUAAGCUACAUGUGGAGGGUGAAACGGGAGGCAUCCCCGACCCUAACUUUGUAAAACAAAUAUCACCUUUUACUCGAAACAACGCUAAAUUAAGUCUAAUUGUAAAUAAGGAUAAUAUCUUUUUUAAAAUGAAAGGUAGCCGGAUCGAGCUGGGGGACGUUACGCCUCACAACAUUAAGCAGCUUAAACGCCUGAACCAAGUCAUCUUCCCUGUCAGCUACAACGACAAAUUUUACAAAGAUGUACUGGAAGUGGGGGAGCUUGCGAAGCUAGCGUACUUUAAUGACAUUGCAGUGGGAGCUGUGUGCUGCAGAGUAGAUCACUCUCAGAACCAGAAGAGGCUGUACAUCAUGACUCUUGGUUGUCUAGCGCCCUAUCGUAGACUUGGAAUCGGCACAAAGAUGCUUAAUCAUGUCCUGAACAUCUGUGAGAAGGACGGGACUUUUGACAACAUUUACCUUCAUGUGCAGAUCAGCAACGAGUCAGCCAUCGACUUUUACCAGAAGUUUGGCUUCGAGAUCAUCGAGACAAAAAAGAAUUACUACAAGAGGAUAGAGCCUGCAGACGCCCACGUGCUGCAGAAGAGCCUGCGCAGUCCGUGCGCACCGUCCAGCGGRGAGCUUCGGAAGGCCGAAUAGGGGCACAGCGUUGGGGGGAUUGAAGCACUUAAUGUGCCCGCCAACACAGAAACAGAACUGUGCAAAUGCCCCGGGGUCAACAGGUUCAACAGUUUCUUCGGAGGACGCUAGACAGAAAACAAGUUUCACAUAUAAAAAUUGCUGCAGUUGUUUUGCAAACGUGAUUUUUUUUUUCUUAUUUUAUUGUUCCCUUAGUUUCAAAAAUUGGUUCUAAUGACAAAAAUAUGCCAACUUAUGAGAGUUUCAGACGUAGUGAGAGGUGGGGAUGUUGCUUGAGAAUCRUACUGUUUGUGUUUUGAAGUGUUUUUAUGCGGUUAUGAUACCCAGCAGGGACAUAUCGAUAUUUUUUGAGCAAAAGGCAAGCGUUUGAAAGAUCAUCACUGACUGGCCGGUGUGGAGUUGUCUCUUGGAACAAAUGCAACGCUUGUUCUCGCACUACCUGAACCCUGUGAUUCACGGGAAGUGGGUGAAACCAGAUGGGAAGAGCAGAAAUGUUUUUUCUUCUAAUGACACAAGGAAGGCUGAACGGUUUGGAGGUGGUGGGGAAGUAUGGUCGCUACUUUCACUUUUUAGAGGACUUUGUUUCCUGGCCUUUUAAUUUAAGUCCUAUCAAUUGUUGCUUUUUUAAUUUUUUACACUGAGGUGGCAAAAGGUUCAGAGGUUCCCCUGGGUUUACUUCUAAAAGCAGAAAAUGAUCAGAUGUGAGAGCAAGUCAAUACUAAAAUGUUUCUAGGGCAGAUUGUUUGCAUGGGUUUGAUUUGGCCAUUUAGUUUCAAGUAGUGUACUGAGGGUGUGUGAGCAUGCUUGUCUCUAAACACAAAGUUUUGAGAUAAAGUGACUUCAACACCUUUGGCACUUUAUGUAGCCAUCUUUCAGAAAUGGUCUCAAACUUCCAGCACCAGCUACUUGUUAAUUCCCCCAUUCAACUGUUUUUUUUAAGUUAAAACAGAUUUUUUUUUGUUUUUUAAUAGGCUCAUGUUAAAACCCAGAAGAAGCUCUGAUACCUCUGCAUGCAGGGAGAGUGUUUUUUCUCCACUGUAGUAUAAGCAUGACAUUUUUUUCUUUGAAGAAUUUUAUCUUUUCUGGAGCUCUAUAUUGUAAGACUUUUUAACGUCAAAAUAAAGGAAUUACUAUUUGCAGUAAA